CUAAUGCUAUCCCAGGAUACUAUCAGCACCCACCCCUUAAGCUUUGGUAUUCCACCCAAAACAUGCUUAACAAAUUUAUGCCAAUCAAGUGUUGCAUGCGACAUUGUGUUUGAUUUGAUGCAGGCAGGUGAGGGGCAGGUUCAGUAUGGGGAUGGGGUCUUGUAUUGUAGAGUUGUAUUCUGCUUAGUCAUCUUCAGACCAUUCACACUCAUGACUGAUGUAAUUGAGUCUUUGGACGCUGAUUCUAUUCUAUGUACAUUUCCAGACAGGCCUCAUCUCCCCACCCUCUCUAAUUGGUUUCAUUUCAUAGUGCCAGAAUCUGAGCUGACCACAUCCUCGGAGUUGCUGGAUAUGGAUAUCAUGUCAAGGAUGUACAUUGACACUGAGGAAGUUGUAUACAUGCGGGUUGAGGUGGAUGAGUUCCUUGAUGAUGAGGAGUACAGGUGA